AACUUCCUGCGAGAUUACGAAUCCGGUGCCGCGCCCAAAGCGAAAGGGGACGAGGCUGCUGGGAUCGUUACUGAGCUGGAGUCUCUGGUCAACAAUUGCGGUUUAUGGCGGAUGGUCCACAUGAACGUAUUGCAACCAUACGAGUCCGUGCAUAGGCCGGAACGCAAAACUAUGACGGCUGGGAUCUCUGUCGUGAAUGCUGCAAAUGAGGACCUUAUGAUCGAGCAUCUGAAGCAGCAGUUGGGACAACGCUGCAGAAAGUACGAAGUAUCAACAGUAGAUGGACACAACAUCUUCAACCGGCCAUUACCGAAUUUGCAGCUGAUCCCGCUGAUCCUUAUCCCCUCUUUCCUCAUUCCUACUACGAUGGCCAUCCUCGACUCGCUGUUCACGCUCCUUCAAACCACGUUCUUUUCUAUCCUCACGCUCUUUUUACGGCCUUUUGACGCCUCUCAUGACCAUGCCAUCAUUACCCCGUACCCGCUGGUGCCCGAUCUCGAAAAUCGCGUCAUCGACAUUAGCGCGCCCAAGGCAGUUUCCCGGAAACGCGCGUCAACAGACGUGCUCGGGCCGCUCGGCAACGCGAGUUGCAACGUGAAUGCGUGCUAUCCUGUUGCUCUCGGGCCCGCGCGGAGGCGGUAUACGGUGACUAUCCCCUUCUCUCCCUUCGUCAUGCAUCAAGCCCAGCAACCUUUGCUUCCUCUUGAGUGGCCGCCGAAAACUGUGUCGAGCUUCAAGGUUGUCUCUGGGGCUUAUGUGCCCAACCCGUUCCACGCAAAACUCGCUCAUCCUUUACCGGUCUCGAACCAAUCUUCAAUCUCUCUUGUAACGUGCAAGGUCUCUGUAUUGCCGGCUGGGAAGGAAAACAGGGAUGGUCAUUUCAAGCAGACCUCGAAACGCAAGCUAACGCCUCUUCGUCGUAUGCCGCGGUACCUCAAUCUCGCCGGAAGCUCGCCCUCAAAGAUGGCCACCAAGAACUUUUCUCAGAAUGUAGUUAUUCGCCAGCAUUCCCAGUCCGAUGUCAAGUCCCGACGUGCUACGAUCCUGCCUGGGAUGGAAUACAAGACCCCGACAAAGACGAAGACUUUGUGGCGCGUCAAUGCCUCGCCGGACUUAAACUCACCGCUCAAAUUUCAGUACGGCUGGGAGCCUGCUGGGAUGCUGACGCCAAGACGGGUCGUUGGUACCCUCGGUCCCGCUGACCGAUCGCCCGACCUGGCUGCCCGGGUAUGGAGCAUCUUCUACAAGCACCGAGACGGUGCAUCUGAGCAGGAAACCGACUGCGCGCGGGAUGUGUUCUCCCGCGACUCGCUGCGAAGUGAGAUGUCGGUCCUCAGUCAGAUGGUGAAGAAUCUGGAUGUUGUACCCGAUAACGCCGACGACGAUGCAGCCAACGCGCACGGCUCGCCACUUACUCCGCGAUCCGGCUAUUCUCCGACCAGCUCUUCUUCCUGUUCCUCAUCAAGUUCUCCUUCGUCUUCGACGCUCGGCUCCCCUGUCUCACGGGCGUCGACCGAGUUGGCGUAUAUGUGCGCGGCGAGCCAGGGUCGCCGUCCCUGGCCGACCUCGGCAGUGCGCUCGUUCUCGCCGCCAGCACGCCCAGAUUGUGCAUCCGAGACUUCGUCGUCCUCACGGGCCGUAUUCUACAAAGACUUUCUCACUGGCGAGCAAGGCUUCCACUCGACUACUCGGCACUGGGAGCCGGCACAGGUCGGGGCGUGGUUGCGUCAGGAGGAGCAUUGGAGCGAUGUUCUCUGUCUGGAAGAGUACGUACGCUAGACCACUGUCGUGUCAGAACCGUUCUUGCAUGACACGAUAUGCCUGUGGCUGCUUCCUCGUCUGGCUUUAGCUUUGUCAUGUUACUUCUACGCAGUUAGACCAAUAACAUGCACUUCGACGCAUCUUCAGUUCGGUAUCAGCAUUGGGUUUACAACGCAAUCAAUU